GCCCGGCGCAACUACUUUCUUCCCUCGCCUUUCUUUCUCCUGCUCUUUUUGUCCCCUGCUGGGGGGUGGCUGCAGCGGAGUGGGGGAGACUUUGGAUGACCGAGCUCGCGUCCACCUUUCUCUUCAUGUCGACGUCCCUGGAAACAGUCACACGGAUGCCAUGGUUACUUCUGCCACGAUCUUACAGGUGAACAAGGUGAUGUCCAUCUUGUUUUAUGUGAUGUUUCUCGCUCAUCUCCGUGGCGUCCAAGGGAACAGCAUGGAUCAAAGGAGUCUGCCGGAAGACUCACUCAAUUCCCUGAUAAUCAAGCUGAUCCAGGCAGAUAUUUUAAAAAACAAGCUCUCCAAACAGAUGGUGGACGUUAAGGAGAACUACCAGAGCACCCUGCCCAAAGCAGAGGCCCCGCCCCGAGAGCCCGCCAAGUCGGAAUUCCAGCCGGUGACGGCCAUGGGCCCCGAACUGCCGCGGCACCAGAGACGCUACAGCUCGCCCCGGGUCCUGCUGAGUGACAGCACGCCCCUGGAGCCCCCUCCCCUGUACCUCAUGGAGGACUACGUGGGCAACCCCGUGGUGGCCAACAGAACGUCGAGGAGGAAGAGGUACGCGGAGCACAAGAGCCACCGGGGCGAGUACUCCGUGUGCGACAGCGAGAGCCUGUGGGUGACCGACAAGUCGUCGGCCAUUGACAUCCGGGGGCACCAGGUCACGGUGCUGGGGGAGAUCAAGACCGGCAACUCCCCCGUCAAACAGUAUUUUUAUGAGACGAGAUGUAAGGAGGCCAGGCCUGUCAAGAACGGUUGCAGAGGAAUUGAUGACAAACACUGGAACUCACAGUGCAAAACCUCCCAAACCUACGUCCGCGCGCUGACGUCAGAAAACAACAAACUGGUUGGCUGGCGGUGGAUCCGGAUAGACACGUCCUGUGUGUGUGCCUUGUCGAGGAAGAUCGGAAGAACAUAACUUGGCAUCUCUCCCCAUAUAUAAAUUAUUACUUUAAAUUAUAUGAUAUGCAUGUAGCAUAUAAAUGUUUAUA